AUGCCGGGUCUACAGGAGCUGCAAGAAGGAGUUUUGGUUCUGGUGCUGGAUCAAGCAUCCGAUACCUCUGGGCUGCGGCUCGGAGCUGCAUCUCGCGGCGCGAGGAAAGCCGUGCAACAGUGCAGAGAUAUGGGUAGCGAAGGCCCAUGGCGACAUCCACCAGGUACUUGGGAACCAUCUGGACUCUGGAGGCAUCUUGGCUUGGGAGAUCUCCAGAGACUUCCAAGCGUGACCCUGUGCUGCCAAAUAGAAUUUCAGAACGUGGAGGAGGUCGUCGCCUUCACCAAAGCAGCCAUGGAGAUGGCUGCGCAAACGAUAAACGGCCAUGUGUCUUUCAGCAUCUUCACGUUUCGAAGAUUGGAGAGGGCGAAGCUGUUCCAUAGAACUCCCUGGGAUUUCUUCUCUAGGGCUCAAGCAAAGCCGAGUGCGCAUGUUUGUUUCAAUGGCCGGCAAUACGAAUGCCGACUUCAUGCUUCUCCAGGCUGGGAUAAUUUCGAUGAGGAAGGCUCUUCGAUAAGCUUGCACGUCGAUCCGGUUGAAGACGUUGUGGACGUACCGCAAUCUCCUUCGAUUCUCUGGGGCAGCCUUUCAAAAGAGUGGGCUCUGGACACGUGCGACACCCGCCUUACAGCAGAGUCACCUCUUGCAGCAUCGGUGAAAGCAGGCAGGCCGCUGCCCAUGAUGCUGGGUAUUGAGAGCCUUUGCUCUUCAUACUAUACUUGA